AUGUGGCCGCCAUGGCUGCGGUGGUCGCUGCUGUUGGCAACCCUGGUGCCGUCGGGUGCGGAGCAGGUGGCGCCGUGCGGCUUCAACACGAUGUGCUCGUGCAAGGACGGCGGCGGAGGCGCGGCCGGUGGCCCGGGCGCGCGCAUCACCACCCUGCCCGCCGACGCCGCCCGCCCGCUGCGUGACGUCACCUGCCUCGGGGUGCCCUUCUCGCGUCUGCCACGUCUUCCGAGCGGCAGCGUGGUGGAGCACAUGGACGUCGUCAACUCGGGCCUCGAAGCGGUCGAGGCCGACUCUCUGGAGGUGCACAUCGAAUCCCUGCGCCUCAUGAGCAACCGCAUCCAGUACGUCGCACCGAGGGCCUUCGCGUGGAUGAAGGACACACUCAGAUCUCUGGACUUGAGCUACAAUCAGCUGGACGAGGUGCCUUUUGAGGCUCUGCAACUGCUGAGCGGGCUUGACUGGCUCAAUCUUCACAGCAAUCAGAUCGCGUCGUUGGACGGCCCCGGAUCGGACUGGGUGCGCGUCUGCGAGAACCUUACCAACUUGUUCCUCGGCGAGAACGAACUCGCCGAACUGCCGGUCAAGUACGCGGCUAACGGGAUCAACGGAAACGGCAUCAACGGCGGCGGCGGCGGCGCGGUCUCCUCGCUGCGGGACUGCAACAAGCUGACGUGGCUGAACGUGGACUCGAACCGGCUGCGCGCGCUGGAGGGGGGCGCGCUGCCGCCGUCGCUGCAGACGCUCAGCGCGUCGCACAACCUGCUGUCGGCGUUCCCCGCGGCCGCCGUGGACGCGCUGCCCGCCCUCUCGUGGCUCUACCUGCGCGACAACUACAUCGCCGACCUGCCGGCCGUGGCGCUGCGCCCACGCCGACACCGCCUCGAGCAGCUCGACCUCGGCGACAACGGCAUACACGCCAUCCCGGAGACGCUGUUCAACGGGUCGUUACAAGUCCGAGACCUGCAUCUGGACUACAACUACCUCACGGGGCUUCCAGCUCAGGUGUUCCGCGGCACGAACGCCGUCCGCAUCUACCUGUCCAUGAACCGGCUGCGCAGCCGCAACGUGGACCCGCGCGCCUUCGUCGGCGUGGGCCACACUCUGGAGGCGCUCGACCUCGAGCACAACCAGCUGGACGAGGUGCCCCGGGCGCUGUCGCAGCUCAAGCGCCUCAAGUACCUCUACCUGCCGUCCAACAACGUGUCCGACGUGGCCGACGACGCGUUCGACUCCUUCUGCAGCACGCUGCGGGUGCUGUCGCUGGAGGACAACCAGCUGACGCGGAUCCCGAGCUCGGCGCUGCAGAACUGCCUGCACCUGCUGCACCUCAACGUGGGCUACAACCGCAUCGACGAGGUGCGGCCCAGCGACCUCGAGGGCUGGGCGGGCUCGCUGGACACCCUGCUGCUGCGCAACAACAGGAUCGCCAGCCUGUCCGAGUUCACGUUCGUGCACGCGCCGCACCUGCGGGAGCUCAGCCUGUCCUUCAACAAGCUGGGCCACGUCCACCCCGACGCGCUCACCGACCUCGCCGACAGCCUCGAGAGUCUGGAGAUGAGUUUCGGGCUCGACAGAGAGGACUUUCCAGCGGAUUUCUUGAAACCGCUCAAGGCACUUUCUUGGCUUGCGUUGGACAAUAACGAACUGAGAACUGUGCAGGAGACUGAUCUCUACACGCUAACCAAGCUGCAGUACCUAAACCUAGAGUCUAAUCGUCUAACAUACAUACCUCCUGGAUUUUUUCAUCAGAAGGUGCACGCAAACCUACGCGACGUGCGCCUGUCGCACAACCAGCUGGAGCUGCUGGAGACGGACACGUUCUGGGGACUGCCGCAGCUGCAGACCCUGGUGCUGACGGGGAACCAGCUGCGCGGCCUGGCCCAGGGAGCACUCCGGGCGCUGCCCUCGCUCGUCACGCUACUGCUCGCCGACAACCGGCUGGCCACCCUCGCUCCAGGGGCGCUCUCCAGGCUGCCGGUGCUCUCCAGGCUCGACCUCCAGAACAACCGCCUGCACGAACUCUCGCUCGCCGCCUUCCUCAACGUCACCACGCCCGACACGCCCAUGGCACUCAAUCUCUCCUACAAUUCCAUCACCGUGCUGCACCCUGCCUACUCGGAAAUACACGUCCGCAUCCUCGACCUGUCACACAAUUUGCUUCCAGAGGUGCCAGUGAACUUCCUGCAGCGGAUGUCGAGCUCGCUGCGCCGCCUGUACCUGGGCUACAACCUGCUGUCGGGCCUGGAGGCGCGCGCGUUGGGCCCGCUGCAGCACCUGGAGGAGCUGUCGCUGCCGCACAACAGGAUCCUGUCGCUGGCCGCGCAGGCCUUCACCGGCUCCGGCGACUCCCUGCAGCUGCUGGACCUGUCGCACAACCACGUGGAGACGCUGCAGCUGCGCCAGUUCCACGGGCUGCCGCGCCUCCGAGUGCUCGACCUGUCGCACAACCACAUCCGGUCGGUGCCGCGCGACGCCUUCCGCGGAACUCAGCUGGAGCGGCUGGACCUGUCGCACAACCAGCUGGUCGUGAUGCCCAGCGGCGCGCUGGCCGAGGUGGGCGCCACGCUGCGCCGCCUGCGCCUGUCGCACAACCAGCUGGAGCACCUGGACAGCAGCAUGUUCCCCGAGACAGCGCACCUGGUCGCCCUCUUCCUGGGCCACAACAGGCUCACCAUCCUGCCGGACAACGUCUUCUCUGGCAUCGAUGGGCUGCUCGAACUGAACCUCGCCAACAACUCACUGCGAGCCAAUUUUAAGGAGCUCUUCCACUACGUCCAGCGGCUGCGAACGCUCAGCCUCGCCCACACGGGGCUGGAGGAGCUACCUUCUCUGCCACUGCCACACCUCCUGCGCCUGAAUCUGAGUGAGAAUUCCAUUGGAAAAGAUGAAAGGGACGCUCACCUCGAUGCAGCUUCAGCGAGAGACCUCACCCGCCUCCGGCAACUCUCGCUCUCUGGGAAUCGCUUGUCUUCUGUUCCAUCGAGGAUAUGGCCAAUGAUGCCUCUUGUGAAGAACAUUGACCUCACCAGAAAUCCUAUAAAGGUAGUUACGCGAGAGAGCUUCUCACACCUGACACGGCUCACCACACUCAACGUGGAGGACCUGCCGUACAUGGAGCGGUUCGACGCGGACUCGCUGACCGGGCUGCCGCUGCUGACCAAGCUGCGCAUCCAGACGUGGCCCAAGAUCGAGAAGUACCGCUUCCGCGUGGGCAGCGCGCUGUCGUCGGUGUGGUCGCUGCGCGAGCUGUCGGUGCGCGUGCUCGAGCCGGUGCUGAGCGACCAGCUGCUGGGCGCCUUCAGCAACGCCAAGCUGCGCCGCCUCGAGCUCAGCGGCUGCGGCCUGGUCGCCAUCACGGCCGACGCGCUCGAGGGCCUGGCCGACAGCUCGCACGAGCUGCAGCUGCGCGUGCGGGACACCGGCCUCCAGGAGCUGCCGCCGGGGCUCGUCGCAGGGCUGGCCGCCCACGUGCCGCACCUGGCGCUCGACCUACGCGACAACCGCUUCCGGUCGCUGUCGCCCUCCGACCUCUACCCCAACGGCUCCAGCUGGGAGAGCGUCGGCACCAGGCCCUUCGCCGGUGGCCUGCUGCUGUCGGGAAACCAGCUGACGUGCGACUGCGGCCUGGUGUGGCUGGGCCACUGGCUGCGGCGGUGGCUGCGCGAGUCGCUGCAGAUCCACACGGUGGUGGUGGAGGGCGCGCAGGAGAUGGCGGCGGCGGCGCGCCGCGCCACCUGCCGCGACGCGCGCUCCUCGCGCGAGGUGGCGCUGCUGCAGCUGCGCGCGCCAGACCUCUCCGUCGCCUGCAACCCGAGCGCGCUCAGCCAGGGCGGCGCCGCCCCGCGCGCCGCAAAGACACAGAAUGAUGCACCAAUUGACAAAAAGCUGUCGAGCUUUUAUCCAUGGGUGCCUGAAAAAACUGUUGCAGUUUACUGA